AUGUUUGGAGAUCCAUUCCCAGUCAUCGAUACGGGGUGCUUGCUUCUUUCUCCUGUUUAUCUGACCAAUUGCAACCUUAACGAUACCCCUACCGUAAGUUUGAUGGAAUAUUAUGGGCUUGUUGGAAUCACCCAGAAAACUCCAAGCGAACUCCAAGUGUUCCUCAAAGCCUACAUAACCCGCAUAGCGAGUACACUUGAAGGCGAUGAACUUGAAGACUUCAAGAUAUUGGCAAAGCAAGCGCUUGAUCUUAUAAUUUGCCAUGCUGCCAUGCUUUAUAUCUACAUAAAUCCAUCCCAGGACCAUACUGCCUCGAUGGGAUUUCAAUGGGAAGGUCAAGAAGGAAAUUACAUUCGAUUUUGGAAACACGCAUUCACACAAGUUAGCACUGCUUAA